CCCCGCACCCUGAUAAAGAGGGUGUCCAGGGAUGUGGGGAGCGCUUCUCCUCCUGGGGAAACCAGCCCUGCGAGACGGUGCGGAUUCAUCUUCACCCUGCGUCUGGGCCCAUAGACUGCAGACCCCCCUGAAGAUGCUGGCGACUGCUCAGCCCGCCCACCAGCGCCUCUUCUAGCUGCCCUCUGGAGAUAAUAAUGAGGCAUUCUCACACACACAUAGUUCCUUAGCCAACGAGACAGAAAACUGUAAAGACACUAAAGUGUAACAAUUCUCCCUCCUUCAACAGCACUUGGUCCAGCAUCGGCCAUUAGCAGUGGUUUGUGUAUAUUGUCAGGAGAGCCCUAAUCUUGUGCCAUCAGGACAGAUACAUAUUUUUAUCAGUAUUCAUGAAUAUUUUUAACUCCUUGAUAUGACAAAAUCUGUACCAGUUACAAAAAAACCAAAUAAUUCUGAAGAUCAGUUGACUAUAUCACACUGUUUACUUGCUUAAACUUGCAUUUCUCAGCUGAGAGAAUUUCAAAUUUUGGUCCAAUAGGGGUGUGCAUAAAAGCAAGUUGCAAAACUUAUCAAAUGCCAAAAAAAUGGCAUCAAGCCCUUUGAGCUUGAGGCCCAAGCUAGUAAUAGUCAUAAUAAUUUUGUAUUUUGGUCACUGACCAGCAAAGAGGCCCAAGCUAAAUUGCUCUCCUGCCCUCGCCGCAAAAGUGCCAACUUUUCAGCCCAUGCAAAAGACAGCAAGGGGUUGUAUUUCAGGUGCAAACCCAGGGCAAAACAGUAGCCAAGAGAACAUGAUAGUAGCUGAGCAGGGAGGACAGCACAAGAGUAGGGCAUGGGAUUGGCCUUCUUCACAACUGCCGCACACUGACUUCUUGUUUUCAUGGAGCUGUCCAGCUUGAUCCCAAGAUUUUUCCAGCGGCUCAGACUUCAUUGGCAUCCACGUGGACUUUGGAUGUUUUGCCUUGGCCCUUCAGUCUGAGAUAAACCAUCAGUCUGGCAUCAGCAACAGAAUCCAGCUCCUUUCAUAGCAGCCAGCAUAACUAUCUCUCGAGAAAGCGGGCCAAGAAGCACAGUCCAGGAGCAAUGGCCCUCGACACUGUGAAGGAGCUGCUGAGCUUUGACUGUGGCUCCCUGGUAGCUUAUCAGCUGGACAAGAACUCCCAGCUGGAUUCUAUCAGUUUUCAGACUAUCCUAAUGAGAGAUGUCUUUUUAAAUCACCCAGAGGUGGUGCUUAUUCAUCGAACCCACAACCAAUGGGGCAAGGCCCUCUAUAUGUUCAUGGUGGACAAACCUUUUCUGAAGCUUAAGGGGGAGAUGACCAAAGUGAUCCACUUCUCCGUCCCAACCAGGGAAUCGGCAGAAGGCCUGGUUCACAUGUACCACACCUUCAAGGCCUUCAACCCCGAAUGGAAGCAGAUCAAGACCUUCCUGGUUGAUCCACGCUUCCGGCUGCUACCGACACUAUCCGAAGCGUUCCCCUCGGCGGAUAUCCAGCUGUCUGUCUUCCAUAUCUGCAAACAUCUGCAGCACAAGAUCCAUCAGGUCUCCCUGGAGUUCCAUACGGAGAGGCUAAUCCUGAGCGCAUUGAGGAAUGCCAUGUGUGCCCCCAGUGUGGACAACCUGAGGAAGAUGCACACCAUCCUGAAUGACUUUGUGAAACCCAGCAUCUUGCCCCAGCUCCACAAGGACUGGCUGCUCAAUGAGAAGAUCUGGGCCUUCCACCGCUGGCGAACCUGGGGACAAUGUAGCCAGUACUUCAGGGAUCUGGAGAUGAUCACGCGCAACUUGAGCCAAGUCUUCUCUGUGGGACCCUCCCUGGAGACCUGCAUCACCAGCAUCGCAAAAAGCUACCGGAAGAGUGUUUUGAAGGACGCCUUGGAAGUCGUGCCGUGCCCAGCUACCGUCCUCAAUCGGAACAUCUCCUCUCUCCAUAACCUGCUGGUUCUCAGCUCAUCGGCUGCAAACUCUUGGAGGCCUCUUCUUCCUCGAGAUCCCUCCACAGCAGACCCACAGCCGCUCCUGGAGCCAAAAUCAGAGGUUGCCCCUGAAGAUGCAGCUUGUGAGCAGGAGCUGGAGCUAACUGCCGAAGAGCCCGCGGAGCAGAUCAAGCAGUCACUGAGCACCAUCUGUACAGAGCCUGCAGCCAGGCUGUGCUUGAAUGAAUUUGCUGUGGUCCAGAGCUCUGUGCAUUUGAUGGGAACGAAUGAAGACACUGUCAACAUACAGAUCCUGGAAGAUGCCCACGCCGUGAGCCGGAAGGGUCUCAACCCCAGCUGCACCUGCCACUUCAGCCAGACUUUCCAGCUGCCCUGCAGGCACAUCAUGGCAGUCUUGAACUCUGAAGGGAAGGCUGUGGAGGCAGAGAGGAUCCCUGCGCAGUGGCGCAAGGGGCACUGCAUCUCCCAGCCAGGGCAGAGCAGCACCAACGGCCUCCUGGAGGUCCUGGGGAGUUCGUGGGAUGAGUCUUUGGAUAAAUACUUGGCGGUGUCCUUCCUCACAGAGCAGAUCCGCCGCUUGCUGAGCCAGUGCAGCCCCGAGGAGUUUGACCGCAGGCACAGCACCCUCCGUGAACUGGCCGACAGCUGGAUUGGACCUUAUGUGCAGGUGAAGUUAUGAGCCUGGAGUUGGUGUUCCCUUUCUUCCCCGAUCGGAGACCUGUGGGGCUUGUCGUUGGAGUGAGUGGCCUGUGGGCCAAGCACAUCCAUGCAUUCCAAGACUCCUGCUCUUGCCUGGGCCUUUGCAAGCCAGGAGCCGGCACAGAGGAGGAGGCCCACGGGGUGUGCAGUGGAGGAGGGUGGGUUCCGGUCCUUUCCAGCCCACCCUCUCCCUUCCCCAGGCCAGCGACUGCCGCUGCACCAGAGCUGCUCCACGUUGGGCCCCAUAAGUGCCUCAGCCCAGGCGCUCUGGAUGGAGAAGGCAGCCUGGUGCUCCCUUGCCCCUUCCCUCCUCUCCCGCUGGGUACUGGGUCCUCCAGUACCAUGCAAGAGCAGAGCUUGCUUUCCUAGAGCACAAAGAAGUUAAUAAAUUGAUCUCUCCCGUU